AUGGAUGUAGUAAUCGUGAGCAUACAAUAUCGGCUCGGCCCACUAGGAUUCUUGUACUUGGGCACUGAAGACGCACCGGGCAACCAAGGUCUGAUGGAUCAAGCUGCCGCUCUGGAAUGGGUUCGAGAAAAUAUUGCCUAUUUCGGUGGCAAUCCGCAACAAAUCACUUUGUUCGGACAUGCUGGUGGUGUGAUUUGUGUCGCACUGCAUUUACUCUCACCUGUGACGAAGAACUUGUUCCAACAGGCCAUUCUGCAAAGUGGCUCACCGUUGGCUUGGUGGGCCAUUGAGGGACCUAACUCAGCGCUGGAAAAAGUAUGCCUGAUUCACUCCGCACAGCUAUUGGCUCAAAUCAGCGGAUGCACGGUGUCUGAGAGAAGUGGAACGUAUUUGAACGAACUGGCUGCUUGUUUGCGCAGUGUUUCUGCCACCUCGUUGGAGGUUAAUCAGUGGCAAAUGCACAUGCUACGUAGCAGACGAAAUUCCUCACGACGAGUACAACUGGAAGCAAUUUAUCAAAAGCGAUUCAGUCCCCACAUUCUUCAAUCUGCUGGCUACUAUUAUGACAUUCCGUUCAAACCAGUUGUCAGUGCACCACUGCUACCGCAAUGGCCCUAUGAAAUCUUGGCCUCCGGGAAACUUGACAUUCGGCACCGGAUUAUGCUGGGAGUUAAUCAAGAUGAGGGCAUGUUUCACAUGAUCCACAGUUUACGAAGUUACUUCAAACAGAAUAUGCAAUGGCCCGUUAUGCCCCGUCAGUUUGAUUAUGAUGCUUCGAUGAUGGAUCCGAUGGACUUGCUCGCAUUUUACAUCAUGGACGAAAAUUUUUUGCACCCUGUACUGUUGCAAGCCACAGUAUUCGAAUACGAGAUCCCCAGUCGCGCUUUGGGAAAGUCCGGUUGGAAUGCGAACGAAGUACUUCAAGCCCUGAAUCAAGUUGGAGGGGAUUAUAACAUCAAAUGUCCAGUAGUUGAAUUCGCCGACUUCUACUCCCGUGGAUCUAGUGCCCAAGUUUUUCUCUACUCAUUCGAGCAUCGGACCGAGGCACUUUCGUGGCCUGAAUGGACUGGGGUGAUGCAAGGUUUCGAGGCCGAGUACAUUUUCGGGGCCCCGUUCAAUCCGGAUUUUCAGCAACAGUUCCACAAUUUCACCGAGGAUGAGAAACGUUUGAGCGAGGAAAUGAUGCGUUGUUGGACCAAUUUUGCAUCCACGGGGUAG